CCCCGCGACCACACUGGCUGGAAAACUGAGAAAUUCGAAACUCGAUGCGCAGAGUGCAGUUCGGCGCGGCAGAUUUUUUUGCUUUUUUUUUUGGGUUCAAAUAGAUCGUUAAUAAGAGUGGCGCUCAACGAGAAUAUAAUUUAUCGAUAUUUUAAGUGUUAACACAGAUUUAAGAAGAAGCGACGCCAGCGGGCGAAAAAGAGAGAUAACCGAAAACGAAAAACACGACAAAGCAACAAUGAAAGAGAGUAAAAACUGAUCAAACCGUAAUUUAAAAUGUAUGCCAAUAUAUGACCAAAACAAAUGCCAAGUGUGAGAGCAAAGAACGUCGAAAAGAAGUAAAUAAACGAUCUUGGCCGUGUUGUUAUUGCUCCUCCUUUUGGCCUUUUCGCGUUGUUUGCGUUGUUGUAACUCGUUUUUAAUGCGCGCGUGUAUGAAUCACACCAACACAAAUAACAACAACAACGGCGGAGCGAUACGGUGAAAUAUGCUAAGUAAAUAGCGAAAGAGAGUUAAAGUUCCCAGUGAGCGAUCGAGAGAGGAAGAGAGCGCGAGACAGAGUUCGUAUACGAACACAAGUACAUACUGGAAAACGAUCCUUUUUCCAGGCACGCAGCCAUCUCGCUCGCACCCAUGCCGCCCUAGACCAACUUUUGUUGCAGCUGCCUAACGACCAACAACAAAGUGCCAAGGAGCAAGGGAGACAGCUCAAAAAGCGAUGAUGAUGAUGCGGUCGCAACAACAACAACGAUCUGCUUCAGGCAGACGAGCAUAAAAAUCCAAAAAGUAACCGAAAACAGAGUAAUAAUAGGAAAAAUUCCAACAAUAAAAAUAUUCAACCGAACAAUCGAUAAUAAAGUGUAAAGUGUUUGUGCGCGAAAUAGAAAGUGCAUUACAGCGAUCCAAAUAUUGUAUAUCUUCAAAGAAGAUAAUUGUUAUCAUUAACACGGAAAGUACGAGAUGAAGGUCACCGUCUGCUUCGGCGACGUUCGCAUCCUGGUGCCCUGCGGUUCCGGCGAACUCCUCGUCAGCGAUCUCGUCAAGGAGGCCACGCGACGCUACAUCAAAGCAGCCGGCAAGCCCGAUUCGUGGGUGACCGUGACGCAUCUGCAGACCCAGUCGGGCAUCCUCGAUCCGGAUGACUGUGUGCGCGACGUGGCCGACGACCGGGAGCAGAUAUUGGCGCACUUCGACGACCCGGGACCGGAUCCGGGAGUGCCCCAAGGCGGCGGCGAUGGGGCAUCGGGCAGCUCGUCGGUGGGCACCGGAUCGCCGGACAUCUUCCGCGAUCCCACCAACACGGAGGCGCCGACCUGUCCGCGCGAUCUCUCCACGCCGCACAUCGAGGUGACCAGCACGACCUCGGGUCCGAUGGCCGGACUGGGAGUGGGCCUCAUGGUGCGCCGCAGCAGCGAUCCCAAUCUGCUGGCCUCCCUGAAGGCGGAGGGCAGCAACAAGCGCUGGUCGGCGGCGGCUCCCCACUACGCUGGCGGGGAUUCCCCCGAACGCCUGCUGCUCGACAAGGCGGGUGGCCAGCUAUCGCCGCAGUGGGAGGAGGACGACGAUCCCAGUCAGCAGCUGAAGGAGCAGCUGCUCCACCAAUCACAGCCACACGGAGGAGGAGGCGGAGCAGGAGGAGCCUCCUCCAAUCACCAGCCGUUCGCCCGCUCCGGCCGCCUGUCCAUGCAGUUCCUGGGCGAUGGCAACGGCUACAAGUGGAUGGAGGCCGCCGAGAAGCUGCAGAGCCAGCCAACCGCCCAGCAGCAGAGCUACCCAUCCCAGGCAGCUGGGAUGCAUCAUCCCGCCGGCCAGAAUGGCGCCAGUGGUGCCUACUCGAGCAAAUCCCUGCCGCGGGAGAGCAAGCGCAAGGAGCCGCUCGGCCAGGCGUACGAAUCCAUACGCGAGAAGGACGGCGAAAUGCUGCUGAUCAUCAACGAGUAUGGGAGUCCGCUGGGACUGACUGCUCUGCCGGACAAGGAGCACGGCGGCGGACUGCUGGUGCAGCACGUGGAGCCCGGCAGUCGGGCGGAGAGGGGGCGGCUGCGUCGCGACGAUCGCAUCCUGGAGAUCAACGGCAUCAAGCUGAUCGGACUCACCGAAUCGCAGGUGCAGGAGCAACUGCGUCGCGCCCUAGAGAGCUCCGAGCUGAGGGUUCGCGUCCUGCGCGGCGAUCGCCAGCAGCGUCGCCAGCAGCAGCAGCGCGACUCCAAGGUGGCCGAGAUGGUGGAGGUGGCCACGGUGUCGCCCACCCGAAAGCCACAUGCUGCUCCCGUGGGCACCUCGCUGCAGGUGGCCAACACCCGCAAGCUGGGCAGGAAAAUCGAGAUCCUGCUCAAGAAGGGUCCGAAUGGCCUGGGCUUUUCGGUGACCACUCGCGAUAAUCCCGCCGGCGGGCACUGUCCCAUCUACAUCAAGAACAUUCUGCCCCGCGGAGCUGCCAUCGAGGAUGGACGUCUGAAGCCGGGCGAUCGCCUGCUCGAGGUGGACGGCACCCCGAUGACGGGCAAGACCCAAACCGAUGUGGUGGCCAUUUUGCGGGGAAUGCCAGCGGGCGCCACGGUGCGGAUUGUGGUCUCCCGCCAGCAGGAAUUGGCGGAGCAGGCCGACCAGCCGGUGGACAAGAGUGCUGGCGUGCCGGUGGCGAUAGCUCCUCCUGCAGCAGCUGCUUCUGCUCCCGUGGCUCCCAAUCCCGUCCAGAAGUCCAGCAGUGCCAGAUCUCUGUUCACACACCAGCAACAGCAGCAGCAGCAGCAGCUCAACGAAUCUCAGCAUUUCAUCGAUGCGGGCAGCGAGUCAGCGGCCUCCAAUGACAGCCUCCCGCCGAGCAGCAACAGCUGGCACUCGCGCGAGGAGCUGACGCUCCACAUUCCCGUUCACGACACCGAAAAAGCCGGACUGGGCGUCAGUGUGAAGGGCAAGACGUGCUCCAACCUGAACGCCUCCGGAUCGAGUGCCUCCAGCGGCAGCAAUGGCCUGAUGAAGCACGACGGCGACCUGGGCAUCUUCGUGAAGAACGUGAUCCAUGGAGGGGCUGCUUCGCGCGACGGUCGCCUCCGGAUGAACGAUCAGCUGCUGAGUGUGAACGGAGUGUCGCUGCGGGGCCAGAACAAUGCCGAGGCGAUGGAGACACUGCGUCGCGCGAUGGUCAACACGCCGGGCAAGCAUCCGGGCACCAUAACCCUGCUCGUCGGCCGCAAGAUCCUGCGAUCGGCCAGCUCCAGCGACAUCCUCGAUCACAGUCACAGUCAAAGCCAUAGCAAUAGCAAUAGCAACAGCAACAGCAGCGGCGGCAGCAACUCCAAUGGGAGCGGCAGCAACAGCAACAGCAACAGUAACAACAACAACAGCAGCUCAAAUGCCAGCGAUAAUUCCGGAGCGACGGUGAUCUACUUGAGUCCCGAGAAGCGGGAGCAGCGCUGCAAUGGCAACGGAGCUGGUGGCAGUGCCGGCAACGAGAUGAAUAGAUGGAGCAAUCCCGUUUUGGAUCGCCUAACCGGUGGCAUUUGCUCCUCGAACUCAGCACAGUCGGCCACAUCCUCGCAGCAGCCACAUCCCUCGCAGCAGCCGCAUUCUUCUGCGCAGCAGGCACAUUCCUCUGCGCAGCAGCGUCGUCUGCCGGCAGCGCCAAUGGGCAGCAGCAGUGCGGCCCUGCGAAACGAGAGCUACUACAUGGCCACCAACGACAACUGGUCGCCGGCGCAGCUGCACUUGCUCACGGGCCACGGCAACCAGGCGCUGCUCAUCGAAGACGAUUCCGAGCCCAUGUCACCAACUUUGCCAGCGCGCAACCACGAUGGUCCGCACUGCAACGCGAGCAGUGCCAACAAUCCAUCACAGAACUUGAACGCCGGCAAUCAGCAGGGAGGUGGAGCAGGUGGCUCAUCCAACAAUACCGCGGUGCCGGGCACUCCCUCGACAACCAGCAACUUCGAUGCCACCUACUCCUCGCAGUUGAGCCUGGAGACGAACUCCGGUGUGGAGCACUUUUCGCGCGAUGCUUUGGGGCGUCGCAGCAUCUCGGAGAAGCAUCAUGCGGCGCUGGAUGCCCGUGAGACGGGAACGUAUCAGCGCAACAAGAAGCUGCGCGAGGAGCGGGAGCGCGAGCGUCGCAUUCAGCUGACCAAGUCGGCCGUCUAUGGCGGUUCCAUCGAGUCGCUAACGGCCCGCAUUGCCAGUGCCAAUGCCCAGUUUUCGGGCUAUAAGCACGCCAAGACUGCCUCGAGCAUCGAGCAAAGGGAGACGCAACAGCAGUUGGCCGCUGCCGCCGAGGCGGAGGCCAGGGAUCAACUUGGCGAUUUGGGCCCCUCGCUGGGCAUGAAGAAGUCCUCGUCGCUGGAGUCGCUCCAGACGAUGGUGCAGGAGCUGCAAAUGUCCGACGAGCCGCGUGGCCAUCAGGCUUUGCGGGCGCCGCGUGGACGGGGACGCGAGGAUAGCUUGCGGGCGGCGGUGGUCAGUGAACCAGAUGCGAACAAGCCCCGCAAGACCUGGCUUUUAGAGGAGGGCGAUCACGAGGGCGGCUUCGCCUCGCAGCGCAACGGACCCUUCCAGAGUUCCCUGAACGAUGGCAAGCAUGGCAGCAAAUCGUCGCGGGCCAAGAAGCCGAGCAUUCUGCGCGGCAUUGGGCACAUGUUCCGCUUCGGCAAGAAUCGCAAGGAUGGCGUCGUCCCGGUGGACAACUAUGCCAUGACCAUUUCGCCACCCAGCUCGGUGGUUUCCACAGCCGCAUCAGCGCAGCUGCAACAGCAGCAACAGCAGCAGUUGCAGCAACACCAGCAGCAGCAGCAGCAACAGAUACCCGCCGCUGCAUUGGCAGCUCUCGAGAGGAAUGGCAAGCCGCCGGCGUAUCAGCCACCACCGCCGCUGCCCGCUCCAAAUGGCUCGGGAAGCGGUGGACAGCUGAAUGGGGGCAUUCACCAGAACGAUAUCUUCAAUCAUCGCUACCAGCAUUACGCCAACUACGAGGAUCUGCACCAGCAGCAUCAACAGCAUCAGAUUAGUGGAGGCGAUUCCACAUCAUCCAUUUCGGAAACGCUCUCGGAGUCGACGCUCGAGUGCAUGCGACAGCAGGUCAUCCGGCAGCGGAUCAAGGUGGAGGCGGAAAGUCGCCGCCAUCAGCAUUACCAUUCGCAGCGCAGUGCCCGGUCGCAGGACGUGAGCAUGCACUCGACGAGCUCCGGAUCGGGAUUGGGAUCCUCGGCGCAGCCGCAGUCGCAGGUGAACGGCGGAGGAGUGCGUCCCAUGAGCAGCUACUACGAGUACGAGACGGUGCAGCAGCAGCGGGUGGGCAGCAUCAAGCACAGCCACAGCAGCAGUGCCGCCUCCUCGUCCUCGUCCCCCAUAAAUGUGCCGCACUGGAAGGCGGCGGCCAUGAAUGGCUACUCCCCAGCCAGCCUGAAUAGCAGUGCCCGCAGUCGCGGUCCGUUCGUCACCCAGGUGACCAUUCGGGAGCAGAGCAGCGGCAUACCCACGCACCUGCUUCUCCAGCAGCAGCAACAGCAGCAGCAGCAGCAGCAACAGCAGCCCACCUACCAGACCGUCCAGAAGAUGUCCGGACAAUCGCAGUACGGCAGUGCCGCCGGCUCGCAGCCACACGCCUCCAAGGUGUGACUAUAGGUGUUGGCGCAGGCGCGCGCCACCCGCGAUGUGCUGGCCGAUGACAACCACCGGGUCAUUCUCAGCGAGGUCAACGACGAGGUGGAGGUCUUCUACUUUGCCACCGAGUGCUGAUUGCUGAGUGCUAAGCACAUUGCAAAUUCAAGGAGUUAACCAUAGUUAUUUAAUUCGAGGGAAAUCAGUUUCCACACACAUUUUGGGGUGGGUUAAUCUUGAGAAUCAAACAUAAGUUGUAAGCCUGGAAUCAAGGCAGUCAAGUGAAAGGAUAUAUAUUUUUUAUAAUUUGAGUAUAAUCCCCCAUUAAAACUACCGGUCUACCUAAUUUAUUUCAUAUCCUGAAUAAACAAUAUAUGUAUUUAUCCGUGAUAUUUGAUUAAGCAAACGAAACCAAGACGUUUUCUUGCUAAACGGAGAGAACCAGGAUUACAAUGCUUACUUAUUGCUAUUUCGAAGGUCCGCUAGGAAGGGAUUAACUUGAUUUUACGUUUGUAAAUUGCCAAGAAUAUUGCUUUGAUUAGUUUUCGAACCAGUUGACCCACCCUGACACGCAUCUAAGCUAAGUUCACAAUUUCACAGUAUACACAUAUAAAUAUAGAUGAUAUUCAAACCAAGAGAGUAACGUGUAAGGAAAGUAUUCCCCAAUAAAGCGCUAAUCAUGCGAGUGCUUAGAUAUAAUGCUCUAAAAUAAACCCAAACGAUUUCCGAUUGUAUUAAGCUUUAGCUCUAAGUCCAAGUCAAACGCCUUUGUACAUAAUUAGUUUACGCAGAAGCCAACAAGAAAAAAAGAAAACCACAAAAACGAAAACGAAAACGAACAUCAAAUUCCAAAACUACGAAAGGUCUUAAGAAUUUCCAUUGUCAUUUAACUAUUUUUUUUUUUUUUUAACAUACGCAUAUUUUUUGAUUUGUACAUAGAAGUUGUUUGUUUGUUUUGUUUAGCUUUAAAGCGGACGCCAUUUUUUGUGUGCAAACGUGAGGAUUUGCAAGAAGCGAAAAGUAAAACUUAUAGCCACCCCCAUAUACAUAUAGCUAUAUGAGUAAGUGAACUAAUAUAGAGUAUAUAUAUAUUUUUUUUCCUAACGAAUAUCGAGAGAAUUUCGAGAAGAAGACGUUUUGUGCAGCCGACCGCGGCCCAGGUCUCUAAAAAAGACAAGCAGCUUAGCCUAGUUAUAGGAACCAGUACGAUAGAGCCGAUCUAGUGGGUAAGCCUACCAUCCAUGUAUAGCGAAUAAACGAUACUUUAAUUUUGUCUACUCCAUAAGCAAUAAGUAAUAAGUACUAAGUAAUUUGUGCGAUACCGAUACCGAACAUGCCGAGUUGCGAAUUAAAAGCUACAAAUUUCCAUAAACAA